UGGCAAGGCUCGACGGCCGUGAGUCAGAGCCUCGUCUCUAUAAAUACACACAGCAAGUCUUACUUUGAAGUCAUGCUCAUUUCCUCCGAAUUUAUACAAGCAUACAAUGGCGAAUGACAAAGACCAAGAGCUGCCGGCCAACAGCUUGCGCCGGAAGUACAACGCGCCACCGGAAGAGCUCACCGACGGCAACCUUACACUUCGCCGCUGGCGAUUAGCAGACGGCGAGGCCAGCUACGAAGCUGCGCGCACCAAUCUGGACGAAUUGAUUGAAUGGAUGACCUGGGCUACGAAAGAUUACGAUCUCCAAUCGGCGCAGAGCUUUAUGACCUUCAGUGAAUCAUGCUGGGAAAACGGAACAAGCUUCGACUAUGCGGCUGUCCUGGAUGGCAAAGUAUGCGGUUCAUUCAGUCUGAUGAAUGCUGAACACGGUGUCGGUUCAGAUAUAGGUUAUUGGCUUGCCAAACCUGCGACUGGAAAAGGUGUUGCGACAAGAGCUACAAAACUUCUGCUCAAGGCCGCUUUUGACGCAAACUUUGAAACGGUUCAAAUCAUGCACGACGUUCGCAAUGUCAAGAGCGAGGCCAUUCCGAAGCGCCUUUGCUUCACUUACAAGGAAACCAAUGUUGGUCUCAACAAGGGUAAAGAGUUUGAUCGCAAACUCUGGCAGUUGACCAGGGACGAAUUCCUCCAACGGCAAGAAGCUGCCGAACUGAAUCCAACAAGCACGCGGCGAUAGAAUUUAUGUGGUUACAAAAGCAUUUUGUCUAAGAUUAGAAGCAUUAUUACAUAAUUUGGAGCUAAAUUGUCUAGUAAGCUACCGAGAAACAAAAGAAAAGUCUAAUAAAAGUUUAUACGAAGAUCCUUGAUCCAUUCACCUAUACCAUCCAUAUCCACAGCUCGCGUCCGUCGUCAGCCGUU